AUGUCUGUGGACCCAACAGAGUCAAACCAGCCAGUUAAACCUAUCCAAGAAAUGGAACCAGUUGGGCCAACAGACCAAAAAUACAUCAAGAACCAAUCUUCUCUUUCUCUUUUAACAUUUGGUUUUGCUUUCCAGAAGAUGAAGUUUUACAAGAAGCUGCUGGAGCUCUGGCCGACACGAACGGGACCACCUGGACCACCUGGCCCUCAAGGGGAGCGUGGGCCACCGGGCCCUUCUGGUAUUCCCGGCAAACAAGGAAAGAAAGGCCUCCCUGGGAAAAGGGGGUAUCCAGGUUUUCCUGGACUGCCUGGCCCUCCAGGCCGCCCAGGUCAGGAUGGUUUCCCCGGACUGGAUGACAAACCUGGUCCUCCUGGUCUUCAUGGAAUAAAGGGUCUGAAAGGGUACCAAGGAGACCGGGGAAGCCCAGGAGAAACGGGAGAGAUGGGAUAUGAGGGAGAAGCCGGGCCUCAAGGUGUCAAAGGCACAAAAGGAAUCAAGGGAAGUAAAGGCAGUAUGGGACUCGCUGGAGUACCAGGCUAUAUAGGACUCAGAGGCUCCCGUGGGCCAAGAGGAUUAAUGGGAGAGACGGGUCCCCAAGGUCUGCCAGGCGAGACGGGCUUUACUGGACCCCCAGGGCCCAUGGGUGUGGUUGGGCCUAAAGGAAUCAAAGGUGUCCCAGGAGUGAGUGGGCCUCAGGGUCAGCCUGGUGAGAUGGGGCCACGAGGAGCCAAAGGAUGCAAAGGCGAGCCUGGAAGCAAAGGGACACAGGGUCUUGUUGGAGUUCCUGGACCACAGGGAAACGCUGGAAAAGAUGGGCCUCCAGGACCCAAAGGGGAUGAAGUAAGUGUAGCCAACAGCGAGGGGCUGGGAUGAGGUUCAGCGAGCCGUCAGAUGGCAGAUGUACAUUGUCGAUGCCCUCUGGGUCUUUGUAGGAAGUGAAGUGGGGCUGUCACUUCUUCUUCCCUGCUGCCAUUUUGCUCCUUGACAACCCCAACGGUUGCUGACACCCACUGCUUCU